AUGGCAGGCCCAACUGGCGCUGUCCACAUUAAUAACGGCACUGCAUCGCAGCCAAAGAAGGUCGCAUACUUUUACGAUUCCGAUGUCGGUAACUACGCCUAUGUUGCGGGGCAUCCCAUGAAGCCGCAUCGUAUACGAAUGGCGCAUAGUCUCAUCAUGAAUUACGGCCUAUACACAAAGAUGGAGAUCUACCGCGCAAAACCCGCCUCCAAAUACGAGAUGACACAGUUCCACACGGACGAGUACAUCGAAUUCCUACACAAGGUCACGCCAGACAACAUGGAGCAAUUCACCCGCGAGCAAAGUAAAUACAACGUGGGAGACGAUUGCCCUGUGUUUGAUGGCCUUUUCGAAUUUUGCGGUAUCAGCGCUGGCGGUACCAUGGAGGGCGCCGCUCGCCUGAACCGAGGGAAAUGCGACGUCGCUGUAAACUGGGCCGGUGGUCUGCAUCACGCGAAAAAGAGCGAGGCCAGUGGAUUCUGCUAUGUCAAUGACAUUGUCCUCGGAAUCAUCGAGUUGCUCAGGUAUAAGCAGCGUGUUCUCUACAUCGACAUCGACGUCCACCACGGAGACGGUGUUGAAGAGGCUUUUUACACUACUGACCGUGUUAUGACCGUUUCGUUCCACAAAUACGGAGAGUAUUUCCCUGGUACUGGCGAACUUCGCGACAUUGGUGUUGGUAGUGGCAAGAAUUACUCCGUCAACUUCCCCCUUCGAGACGGUAUCACAGACGAGACAUACAGGAAUAUCUUUGAGCCUGUCAUCGAGGCAGUAAUGACUUAUUAUGGACCUGAAGCCAUCGUUUUACAAUGCGGUGGUGACAGUCUUUCUGGAGACAGGCUCGGUUGCUUCAAUUUGAGCAUGGACGGACACGCCAACUGUGUCAGGUACGUCAAGAGCUUUGGUGUACCUGUCAUCGUCCUAGGAGGUGGCGGUUAUACCAUGAGGAAUGUCGCGCGAACCUGGGCAUACGAGACUGGAGAGCUUGUUUCGCAGAAAAUGUCCAAACAGCUACCUUUCAACGACUACUACGAGUACUUUGCGCCCGACUACGAACUGGAUGUACGGCCAUCAAACAUGGAAAACGCCAACUCUCAUGACUAUCUGCACAAGAUCAAAUCAGCUGUCAUUGAGAACAUUCGCAGAACGGGACGACCAUCGGUUGAGGCUUUCACAACGAUCCCAGAUGUACCUACGGCUCUAGGUCGCGCGAUGGACUCCGAUGCUGAAGACGAAGAAGACGAUAUAGAUGCGGACGAAAACCGGGAUGUGCGCAUGACACAGCGCCAGCGUGAUAAGCAGAUCGAGCAUGACGGUGAACUUUACGAUGCAAGUGAUGAUGAGGAUUACAAGAACAGCCUUGGAGUGCGCGCUCAGCCUGGCGUCAAGAAGAGACGAAAUAUUACAGACUUCCCCAACCCUAAUGCAGCCCCAGCUGACGCCCUGGAUCUCAUGGAAGACAUCAAUGGUGGAAGCGCUGUUUCGACUCGACAAGCCUCUGCAGGCGCAAAAUCACGUACACAGACGCCUGCUGCUGCUGCUGCUGCUGAGCAGGAGGUUGACAAAGAUGGUGAUGUCGACAUGGACGCACCCGUCCCUGAAGCUGCCCCUGAAGCUGUUCCCGAGGCCGCCCCCGAGACUGCCCCUGAAAUCGCCCCCGCCACUGCUCCUCCGGCCGCUACUGAGACCACCGAUACUGCCGCUCCUGCUGCUGCACCUGAGCGGGAACCAUCUCCUGCAGGCGUUGUAACCCCACCUGAAUCACCACCCACUGCUGUGCCUGCUACAAUGGCACCCACAUCAGCCCCAGUCGCUGACGUGGAAAUGGCAGAAACCGACGAUAAGGAGGAGACUGCCGCAGCAAAAGAGGAGGGUGAAGCAGAACGCGACACUGAAAACGUCAAGGGUGAGGUCAGGGCAGAGGUCGCCAAGGACUAGACGUCUUUGAGAGGACGCCUCCAACGCAUGACGGGUGGUGAAUAGUUGCAUUCGAGAGGCGUUUAUUUCUGGUUGCGGUCCUUUUCCUUGGUGGCAUUGGAAAGGCAGCGAGAUAGGUGUUCUUGGUGUGUAUGGAUUUUCAUUGGAUAUUGGGGAUACCUUUUGUAUGUCUGUUUCGUCCUUUUUCUUACUCAUACCUCUGAUCUAAGUAUGUAUAUAUGAAUGACUGGCUGUUUUUCUGGCUGCGCAUCUCAUUACAGAGAAUCAAUCCUUAUUCUAAUUUUAUGCCAUAUGUCUUGGAGGAUUUGUUUUGUAGAAUGCGUACUGCCAGUGGGCUCAGGAACCCUCGCCCCACCUUUGAAUAUACUACACUGGGUCUGUGCCACUAU